UCUUUGCAACUAGCAAUAUGUGUGUUUUUGUUUUCACUCACAAAGUAGCCAAAGCCAUGGUCCUCAGCUGGCUUCUAUUUCUAUAAAGAAACCCAGUCCCAUCACCGCCAUCUCCUUAUCAACAGAGAGCGCAAUUAGCAAGAUCAAACAACAAGCGAUCGAGAUUUGCCAGUGAUCCGUGCUGAGAUGGCCAAGUUCGUCGCCGCCGCGGCGCUGUGCCUGGCGGCGCUAACGGCCGUGGCCGUCGCCCAAGGCGGGUUCGAGCGGCAGAGGUUGAGGGACCUGCGGUGCUAUCGGGAGGUCGAGGAGAGCCCGCUGGAGGCGUGCCGGCAGGUCCUCGACCGGCAGCUCACCGGCGGCAUGCGCUACGGGGUCGGCCCGUUCCGGUGGGGCGUCGGGCUGCGGAUGCGGUGCUGCCAGCAGCUCCAGGACGUGAGCCGCGAGUGCCGCUGCUCCGCUGUGCGGCGCAUGGUGCGGGGCUACGAGGAGACCAUGCCGCCGCUGGAGGAAGGGUACGCCGGCGACGAGUCGGCCGGCGAAGGUUACUACGGCGGGGAGGGGUACGGCGAGAGUGGCCGCCAGCAGAGGUACCUGCCGUUCCCUUUCGGCACCGGGAGAAGGAUCGGCCGCGUGAGGUUGACGAAGGCCCGGCAGUACGCCGCGGGGCUGCCGAUGAUGUGCCGGCUGGAGCCCCAGGAGUGCAGCGUCUUCUCCGGCGACCAGUACUCCUAGGGGCGGAGUGAGGUGGCGCGGCGGCGUGCGAGGGCACGCAUGCACGCGUGGAGGUCCUGAAUAAAGUAGCUCCGAUCCUGACGUGGAUCCUCACAUUGUUGUGUGCUACAAAUAAUAAGAUAAUGAUGAUAAGUGAUGAAUAAGGGAAUGUGGCCAGCUAGUACUGGUACGAUUCUACCAGUGUAAGAGCAGUUCAGAAAAAAUUCCAAAUUAUUUUCAAAAAAAAGAAAAA